GUUAGAAUACUGUUAUUUUUAAAAUCUAUUUUUGAAUGAUAUUUACUAAAAUAAUUAUCAAAAAAAUGAAUUGCCAUUAUUUUAUUAUGUAUGAGAUUCAAAUUCAUAAACUAUCAUUUUUAAAUUCAAAAAGUGGGUAUCUGUGAAUGUCGAGUAGUGGGACAAGACUUAUAAAAGCGCUGCGUCGCUACUACAACAGUUUAGUUGCUGCCUGACCACGAUAGUGGUCGGACCUCCUACUGAUAGCUGUGUGUAAUUAAGAUAAGUAUACUAUGUUAUUUAUUUGUUUAAAGUAUAUUAUGUACAAUGUUGAAUAAAUUAAUUUAAUAUGUAAUUCUAGAUAUAAAUAAUGAUGGUAGCUAAUUAAAAGUUUCAGUACAAUUAAACUGUCUUUAAUUACUAUAUAAAGUCAUGACCUGAAUAAAUUAAGUUAUUUAUUUUAUUAGAUAAAUAAACUAUUGGUGAUGUCAUACUAAUGCUAAAUAAAAAUAUAUUCUGACCAGGUAAUAAGUUUAUCCUAUGUAUGUGUAUGUGUGUGGUGUAUAUGUAUAUGUAUAUAUAUAUGUGUAUAUAAGUAAGUAUAUGUAUAUAUGUAUAUGUAUGUGUAUAUAAGUAAAUAUAUGUAUAUAUGUAUAUGUAUGUGUAUAUAAACAUAUAUAUUAGUACUUUUUUUAACAUCAGAAGUGGGAUGAUAAAUCCUCUCGCCCAGUAUAAUUAAUAACUCAUUUAUGUAUAGAUUAUGGAGUCGACCGUUCUACUGGAAGGUUUGGUGAAAGCCAUCCGCGAUGCAAUUACGACAAAUCAGCGGCAUGAUGACAUCGCCCUGCCUCUCUUCGAUCCUGAGAAAAACGACAACGGUGCUGAAGGGUGGUGCAGAAGCAUCGAGAAACUUGGCGCUGAAUUCAAGUGGAGCAGUAUCCAGCAGGCUGCCAAGGCUGGUAAGGCCCUACGGGGCUCUGCAUUAUCUUGGUUCGAAGCAUGGGAACCGGAGACUGAAAGGUCCUGGGAGGCUUUACGUAAGGAUCUGGUGGAUUUGUAUCCGGAAAAGAAAAAUUUAUCUGAAAAACUAUCGAAAGCCGUACUGUACACAUCAGAUUCCGCCGAAACUUACUGUGAAUACGCUAGGGAAAAGGUCAGGUUGCUACGUUGCACCAAGGUGGCCUUUACGGAACCACAAUUAAUUGAGCUUGUUUGUGGUGGAAUAAGUGAAGUAAACGUGAGAAUGGCUAGUUUAAAUAGUUCAGUCGGUACAGUACCCGAUUUGAUAGCCUUAUUCUCCACGUAUGAAAAAGCCCCUAAGAAAAGAUCGUUAGAAGAAGCCACAAAACCCGGACAAUCUAUUUCUAGUAAUGCUAAGCGUUUUAAGUCAAAUAAUGAAGUAGGACUCAGGGAUGAAAAAAAGUGUUUUACAUGUGGAAAAGGGGGACACCUUAUGGCUCAGUGCUCAAAAAAUAUUGGUCAGUCCAGUAACAAGGAAUCAAACCAAAGGAAUUUACAAACAAUCAAAAUAGUUUGUUCCUUCUGUAAAAAAGAGGGUCACACUUUUGAAAAAUGUUUUCAUCGUGUAGCCUGUACUGUGUGUAACAAAAUGGGUCAUUCACCUGACAGGUGCUUUCACCGUUUCCAAAAACGCGAGGAAAACAAAGACGUUAGCAUUACAGACACUAAAUGA